AAGCAGCGAUAGAAAACUGGCUGAGAAAAUGUACGGAGCGUAUAUUGUGCGAAAUUUGAUUUGCUUUUUCGACGGCUAUUAUUGAAAGAAUCUAUUCGAAAAGUGGCCCUUUGCUAUAAGGAAACCGAAGCCGCCUGCACGCAAUAGAAAAUCCCAGAACAAUCAAAGAAACAGCACAUCUGAGCAUCUGAAAAGCAUCUCGAAAGCAUCCGAGGAGGGAGUGGCAAGUGGUGCACUAGCGGGUGGUGGUGGCGGCACGCAUUCUAUUUAGGUUCUGUGCUGAAUGUCCUAUUGGCGUUUGUUGUGGCUGGCCCUCAAAAUGAUUUACCAGCUGUUGUGCUGCUCCGUGAGCCUGAUCUUCUUCUGCUUCAACGUAUUCUGGCUCUUUUGCAACCUGGCCAUCCCGUGGUGCACUCUCACCUUGCUCGUUGUCUGCAUCGCCUCCAAAUUCGUCAAGCUGCAACGAAGUCCCAACGAGAAGCGUCUCCUAAGCCUUCUCAGUUCUCCGGAGGAAUGGCCCAGUUAUUGGCCAAUCGCCAACCGGGCGGCCGGCUUUGAUGCUCCAGAAAACUCCAAGGCAGCCAUUAAGAAGUGUCUUGCACGUGGAUAUCGGAACGUGCUUCUGGAUGCCGGCCUCACGUCCUGCGGUGAAAUUGUCGUCGCUAACCCCGCAAAAAUAAAUAUUGCACAGCCGCUGGGGGAGUUGCAAAAGCUAAACAUCACAGAGCAACACCCAAUGGGGUCGCAGUACGAAGCGGAAGCGGUGGCUCCCCUCAGGCAAUUAUCCGAUUUCUUGGAGGCGGAGGCUGCUGAGACCACAGUGUUUUUGCGUCUGCACGACAACAGCGCCAGGAUGAUAAACCAACUGCAGAAGUUUAUGACUGCCGACGAGUCGUUUGCUCAGCGCACAAUUGUCAUCAGUCGAUCACCACUAGCCAUUUACCAGCUCCGAAAACUGAAGCCAGAAAUAAUUUGCGGCCUUUGGCACGAGACCUACUUGUCACUGGCCAUCCUCAAGUCCUCUACACUUAUUACCUCAAUCUACGGCGCUAUUUUUCGCAACAUAAUUGCACCCGUGAUAGGAAUAAGCGUAGUUUUUCUCUGCAAAGAUGAGAUUAACUUCCACAUUGCCGAUCUGUGGCGCAACGUGGGCGUCCGUCCAAUAGUCUAUAUGGUUAACUCACCCAACGAGAAAAGAUACUUUCAGAAGACCAUGAAGAUCCAGUACCUAACAGACUCGUUGCGGUCAGAACCGCACGUCCUUACGAAAGCCUAAGAAUCCUUGAGGAUUUUAACGAACGAUGACGACUUAGAUCGACGCACACCAUACAAACACUGUUUGCAUUUAGCUUGCGAGCUUAGCCCUUAAGACAAACUUAAGUACGCAUGUGUUUUUGUAGAAGCUUUAGAAAGUAUUAUCCCAAACUUACCGGUACCAGUGAGAUGUAUGUUAUAAUUUGUUAAUUUAUUGCUUUACUUCUGCUUUUUUAUAUGAAGCUUUUAUUAUUUAUACCCGUUACUCGUAGAUUAUACACGAUUCGUUGAAAAGUAUGUAACAGGCAGAAGGAAGGUCGAGGUCUCGGGAACUUAAAAUGCUAGAAAGUUGAGAUUCCGGAGAAAUAGACGCAGCGCAAAUUUGUUUCCCACUCGAACGACUUUUUUGUUCGCACUCCCACUAUUUGAGUAACGGGUAUCUGAUAGUCGAGAAACUCGCGUUCAGUCUUGCUUUAUUUACGUCCUGAUUAAUUUAUGUUGUUAUUUUGUUUGACGAGUACUGUAAUUUAUUUUAUACGAUUAUGUUCUCAAACUUUGUAUGAUGUACAAUAUUUCUACUAUGUACUCAACACAACCAUACGCCGUAUAUGGCGUAUGAUUUUUGGAUGCUAUAUAUACAUACAACAAGCUUUCCUCAAUUCCCCUUGUUACCCGAAUCCCAAAUGUAAUCAAUCAAAAAUCUGCAAAAUGCUUACCAGCAAUAUAUAUGUAUAUGUCUAUACCAAAAACCAGAAUUAAUUAAAACUACAUUUUAUUGUGAUUAUUAAAGAAAAUAAAAAUGAUUGCAACGAUUGAUUUAAAUUCAUAA